UUCGGCAACAAAUCGAUCUUCCUUUAGCAACUUCCCCUGAAAGUUAGCUGGCAACACUGCGGGUGUCAUUAUUGGUUUCUAGCUGACCCACCAACGCAGUGGAGCUGGGUUAGUUGUAGGACACAAGGGAGGGGGUUUUCACGAUGCUCUGCUAACGUGUGAGAGCCAGAGCUGAAAGCGAAAGCUGCGGUAGUGCUGUACUCGUGUUAGCAUUCAAACACAUCAUGGAUAACCGCAGAUUUAGAACCAUGUUACUAGCGAUCUCUGAUAAACUUACUGAAGACAAUGUGAGAAGUCUAAAGUUUCUGUGCCCAGAAGUCGGGAAGAAAAAGCUUGAGAAAGUCAAUAAGGGGAUCGAUCUUUUCGAGUGCUUGAUCGAAAGAGCCGCAGUUGCAGCUGAUGACACCGAGCUUCUGCGAAAACAUCUCCGCCAGAUCGGCCAGACAGUUCUUCUGAACAUAAUCGAGGAGUAUGAGAGAGGAGCGACGGGAAGCCCUCCCGAUGUAACGUUACCAGACGCAAAAGAGCGAGAAAAAAUAAACAUUGCAACUGAAGUAAUUGUUGAACGUUUGGGUAGAAAGUGGCGUCAAGUUGGAAGAAAGCUUGGACUUCAGGACACUCAGCUGGAUGGCAUACAGGAGAAGCACAGCCGGGACCUGGAGGAGCAGGUGAGGGAGCUCAUCAGACAGUGGAUGAAGAUGAGGAGAGAAGAUGCCAGAGUGGAGGAUCUCCUCAAAGCUCUGCGGGACUGCAGACAGAACCUCACUGCUGAUCUUGUGGAGAAAGAGCUCGGUGCACAUUGAAAAUCACCACCGUUCUAUUAUAAAACGACAGAACUCUGGGAUUAAUAAUGUGAAUUUCUUUUUGAAGAGCAAAUGAACUGAAUUAAAUUGUUUACAGAUCUUUCGGAAUUAAUUGUACACAGCCUUGUUAAAUAUUGAUUGGAGGAAAUGUUAGAUAAUAUAUUUUACAUUUGUGAUGAUAAUGCAGGGCAUGAAAAUGAAAUAUACUGAAUAAGUGUCCUAUACGUAUUGUUCUCAGUCACCUUUGCCUUUGCAAAACAAGGAUUUUUCAGAUUUUACUGAACAUACUCCUAAAACAACACUAUUCUUCUGUUUGUCUAAGGAUGUAUGAUACUUACAAAGGAAUAAAGGGACAGUGAUAUGUGAUUAUCAUUGAUUAACUGUUUGAUAAAGCACAUUUUGAGCCAUAA